UCCACCAUUCACACCGAAGCAAGUGACCGUCUAAAGCCAAUCAUAAUCGAGCUUGUUCACAACUGCCACACUUCCGAUUUUGAUAACGCACAAGAACUAAGUCUUGUCUUCAACAUCACCAUCAUCAUUAUGGCUUCUGGAGCUUUGUUCCCCAGCAUGGUAUCUGGCACUCGUGGCUCCUCCAGCAAGUACCUGGUGGAGUUUCGAGCUGGUAAGAUGACCAUGAAGGGCAGCACGGUGACACCCGACAAGCGCAAAGGUCAAGUCUACAUCCAGCAGACGGACGACUCCCUCAUCCAUUUCUGCUGGAAGGAUCGCACCACCGGCAAUGUGGACGAUGACCUGAUCAUCUUCCCCGAUGACUGCGAAUUCAAACGGGUCAGCCAGUGCACCACCGGACGUGUCUAUGUGCUAAAGUUCAAAGCUGGCUCCAAAAGACUUUUCUUCUGGAUGCAGGAGGCUAAGACUGACAAGGAUGAGGAGUACUGUCGCAAAGUGAACGAGUAUCUCAACAACCCGCCCAUGCCUGGCGCACUGGGUAGCGGCAGCAGUGGAGGACAUGAUCUGUCCGCUCUUGGAGGCGAGGGUGGUCUGCAGAGCCUUCUGGGUAAUAUGAGCCACAACCAGCUCAUGCAACUGAUCGGACCAGCCGGACUCGGCGGCAUCGGUGGUCUUGGCGCACUCGCCGGCCCAGGGUUAGCCAACCUCUUGGGCAGCAGUAGCAGCAGCAGCAGCAGUAGCGUUCCAGCUGCCAGCAACUCCUCCACGAGCCAAUCUACUGUGGUCACGCCCACCUCGACCUCCGCCGCCAGUCGCCUCGGCUCCUCUCAGACAUCUACCGUGCCUGUCAACCCGUCCGCCGCCACUGCAGCCUCCCCGCCUGCGAGCACCCCGCCCACGCCCACACCUGCUGCGUCGUCCUUGGCUGCAGCGGCGGGGGCUGCAGCAAGUAACCCCACGCAGCCCAUCCAGCUGAGAGACCUGCAGAGCAUCCUGGCGACCAUGAAUGUGCCUGCCGGUGGCACAGGAGUAGACCUAGCUACUGCCCUGACUCCAGAGGUGAUGGCUCCUAUCCUGGCCAACCCUGAGGUGCAGCAGAGGCUUCUUCCUUUCCUCCCCAGUGGGGAGUCACUGCUCCAGAGCACAGACGAGCUCCACAACACGCUCAGCUCACCGCAGUUUCAGCAGGCCAUGAGCAUGUUUAGCAGUGCUCUGGCAUCAGGGCAAUUGGGGCCACUGAUGAACCAGUUCGGGUUACCCACAGAGGCUGUGGAUGCUGCCAACAAUGGAGAUCUGGAAGCAUUUGCAAAAGCAAUGGAGACAGAAACAAAGUCCGAGCAGGACGGAGACUCCAAAGACAAAAAGGAUGACGAUGAGGACAUGAGCUUGGAUUAAAAAAAUGAUACCUCUGUAUUUAUUUAGCUGAUGGUAUUAGAGUAUUAGCUUCUUGAAUACAUUCAAUAAAGAUACUUACAAGGACUACAA